ACGUAACAGUCUACGCCUACGCGAUGCGUGCGCGAUUACACCGGUUUGUGAAAAUUUAAAAACAAUGGAACAAGUUGCCAUAACAAAAUAGCUUAUUAUUAUAGACGAGCGUGCUAUUCAUUCACGUGAUACGUCAAACCAUCCAAGUGAUUGAAGGUGUAUGUGUGUAUAAGUACAUGUGUUUAAAAGUUUCCGUUUCCUCGUUUUAUGAUAAGGUGGAUGAAGUUUACGUGACAGGUACAUAUAUGUAUACAGGACCAAUUAAACAGUUAAAGACGGAAGGAUUUUAAGGAUUCGAUUCCAAUUUAAUUCGGGUCAUUAUUUAAAGAAGACUUAAUUCCUUUCGUCUUUGAUAAGAGCGAUAAUAAAAAGCCGGAAGAGGACGACGCUGACGAGGUGCGAACCGUGGCAGAACUAUUCAUCAUACCGUUUAUGUUCCUAGAUGCCGCGUAGAAUGUUUCUCUUUAAAAUAAUAAUUAAGCGGUUUGAAAUUGAAGUCGUAAUUGGAUCGAGUCGGUACGUCUCACGUGUCGGAUUAGCGUUUGGAAGCGAUAAAAACUAACGACUUACAUUGAACGCGACGAACGUGACGUAAAGUGAUAUUCAAAUACGCGUAGUCGAGGAAGGAGAAGAAGAAAAAAAGGAAUAACAACAAUAAUAAAUAAAAGAACGACGAACAGGUGGACAAUUGCUAAUCGGACUAUGAAGAAGCCCAAGAAUAUGAUAUGCUGCUUCCGGAUGAGAAGUACGAAGACAGAAGUGCUAUGGUGGCGGGACAAAUGUUGGCCCUGCUGCGGCUCUACGACGACUUUUUAGCCAAAUAUCGGAUAAGGCCCGAAUUCUUUUGUAGGUACCGUGAGAAAGAGGCUUUACAAAAACGUUUAAGUAAAGUCGUAGAGGCAGCUUCAAGAAGCAGCAAGAAAUGUUCCAGUUCUAAUGAUGCGUCGUCUUCAAACGAAGCCGUUCAUCUACAGCAACGGUUACGUAGUUUAAGUACGGAAUUAGUGACCCUUAGAAACCGGUUACAUGUGCAAGGUGGUCCAAUUAAGAACUUUUCGGGACCCGCUGCGGCCCCGGCCGCCGUACAGCCCGCGGUACCGCCGCGUUCGACGCCAUUGCUCGCACCCCCGGCUGUGAUCCCGACCGAACCGCGGGUUACGUUUCCUAUCGCGGGUGCCGACAUAGAAGAUCUUAUUCAUCUUCAAGGACCGCUCACCGAAGACGCCGUUAUGAAAUGUUUGCAAGCAAGGUUUGCAGCAACAAAUUAUUAUACGAACGUAGGACCGAUUCUGUUGUGCGUCAAUCCAUACCGCGACGUUGGCAACCCAUUGACGUUAAGCAGUACCAGAAACCUUCCACUCAGUUCCCAACUUAACAAGGUGGUCCAGGAAGCAGUCAGACAACAGUCAGAGACUGGUUAUCCGCAGGCUAUCAUUCUUUCUGGUACUAGCGGUUCGGGAAAAAGUCAUGCUUCGAUGUUGUUGUUACGACAACUUUUUGCGGUGGCGGGCGGAGGCCCUGAAACCGACGCCUUCAAGCAUUUGGCGGCCGCUUUCACGGUCCUUAGGUCCUUGGGUUCAGCUAAGACUGCUACCAACUCCGAAUCUAGCCGCAUUGGUCAGUUUAUAGAAGUUCAAGUGACGGACGGAGCACUCUAUCGUACAAAAAUUCAUUGUUAUUUCCUCGACCAAACGCGUGUAAUUCGACCAUUACCUGGCGAAAAGAACUAUCACAUCUUCUAUCAGAUGUUGGCUGGCCUUUCUAAAGAAGAAAGGGCCAAACUCAACCUCGACGGGUAUUCACCUUCAAAUCUGGCCUAUCUUCAGCAUGGAGAUACCAGGCAAGACAUUGCUGAAGACGCAUCCAGAUUCCAAGCGUGGAAGGCAUGUCUUGGAGUACUAGGAAUCCCUUUUCUGGACGUCGUAAGGGUUUUGGCUGCAGUUCUCAUACUAGGAAACGUGCAGUUCAUCGACGGGAAAGGUUUGGAAGUAGAAGUAAAGGGUGAGUCAGAACUAAACGCUGUGGCAGCUCUUCUAGGAGUAUCUGGAGCAGCCCUCUUUCGGGGACUCACCACGAGAACUCACAACGCCCGCGGUCAACUUGUAAAAUCAGUUUGUGACGCCAACAUGUCGAACAUGACGAGAGAUUGCUUAGCAAAAGCUUUAUACUGCCGUACUGUAGCCACAAUCGUUAGAAGAGCUAACAGCCUGAAGAGAUUGGGAUCAACAUUGGGAACACUGAGUUCCGAUUCAAACGAAUCCGUUCACAAUCAAGCGGAAAUCAAUAGUCAGCACGCUUCCACGAUCGGUGGUAGUAAUAACGCCGGAAGUAAAUCGAUGGCAGCACUUAAUAACGCCGUUCGCCAUGCCACCGACGGUUUCAUUGGAAUUCUAGACAUGUUUGGGUUCGAAGAUCCAAAACCGAGCCAGUUGGAACAUUUGUGUAUCAAUUUGUGUGCCGAAACGAUGCAACAUUUUUACAACACUCAUAUAUUCAAGUCGAGCAUCGAAUCGUGUCGCGAUGAAGGGAUCAACUGCGAAGUAGAAGUGGAUUACGUAGACAACGUCCCUUGUAUCGAUCUGAUAUCGUCCCUUCGAACGGGACUUCUCAGUAUGUUGGACGUGGAAUGUUCGAUCCGUGGAACCGCCGAAUCGUACGUGGCCAAGAUGAAGGUUCAACACAAACACAAUUCGAGACUGAUCGAUCCGAAACCUCUGGAAGCGAGACUGUUUGGUAUCCAGCAUUUCGCCGGGAGAGUGAUCUACGACGCGACCGAUUUUUUGGACACGAACAAGGACGUAGUGCCGGACGAUCUAGUUGCGGUUUUCUAUAAACACAGUUGCAAUUUCGGUUUCGCGACUCACUUAUUCGGCAGCGAACUGAAAGCGUUAUACUCGUCGGAAAACGUCCCGAGGGGAAUCAGUUUUCGCAUAUCUCCAACGUCGCACACAGAUCUGCUCAAUGGGGACGAACCAGUGUCGACGCUCACUCAAGACUUUCACACCAGACUGGAUAACCUGUUGAGGACUUUGGUCCAUGCGAGACCUCAUUUCGUCCGAUGUAUCCGAAGCAAUUCCAUGGAAACUCCCAACAGAUUCGAUCGUGGCACCGUUAUGCGUCAAAUACGGUCGUUGCAAGUCUUGGAAACUGUUAAUCUUAUGGCAGGUGGAUAUCCCCACAGGAUGAGGUUUAAAGCUUUCAGCACCCGCUAUCGCUUACUCGCACCGUUUGCUCGUCUUCAUCGAACCGAAGAAAAAGUUCUGGAGGAUUGCAACCUUAUCUUGCAGUACGUCAUAGAUCUUGUGACCCAGAAGCAAAGCACCAUGAUAUCCACCAGUUGGGCAAUAGGAAAGAGACACAUUUUCUUGAGCGAAAGCAUUCGACAACAGCUGGAGAAAUUGAGAAACGAAAGUCGACAUAAAUCGGCUGUUAUAAUACAGGCAACGUGGAGGGGAUACAGACUGCGAUGCAAGUGGCCGAACUUAAAGCGGGAAAAAGAACUUCAGCUCAACAGUAAUAACAAAAACACAAGUGGUAACAAUAAUACUAAUAGUAAUAAUAAUUUAGGAAAGCCUAAUGUGAAUCGCGGUGCCAAUUCUGGAGCGAUCCCUAGGCCCCGUCCUCAACCGAUUGCUGGGACUCCACCGCCCGACCCUAACGAAAAAUGCGAUAACAAAAUAAUUCAGCAGACGUGUCAUUUGUUCGGUUUGGAUUUAGAGAGACCGCCACCGGUACCACCCAGCAGGUCUUACACCGUUGCCGGUAACACCAAACUCGGCUACCCUCAAACGAGGGUCAUGAAGAUGUCGUUUCCGGAAGACGGCAAGGGAGACGCGGUUCUGGUAAAAGGUGAAACCGUUGUGGUUGUCGGAGCGUCCCAUAAACGCGGACAUCUCGUCGUUGAACACAAACAUUUAACGUUACACGUACCUUUUCAGUAUUUGGAAUUAAAACAAGGUGUAAACAUCUAAUAAGCCAUUCCCGUCUGUCGAUUUAUUACCAACCCCCUCCUCAAACCCCGUAACUGUUGUAAUGUUUCGUCAUUUUGUACUAAUAAUAUUUAUCAACAUGAUUGUGUUCAUUGUCAAUAUACGCUUUAAGUGAUCAAAUAUAUGUUGAAUAUUCGUUAAACAAAAAACAAAAAGAACAACAAGGAGUGGUCCCAUUAAAUGUGCAUAAAAUUGAUCAUUUUGUUUACAAUUAAAAUCUUUUUUUUUAUUCGAUUUCCUAUUGAUUUACACAAUUUCAAAACACAUGGUCGAAACAGACAUUGAAAUUACUAAUGUUGUACUAUCGUCAUGAACAACAAAUAUAUACAUAUAUGUCUGGAAACACGUCUUCUAGUUACUUUUUCAGCUUUGAAAAAUUAAAAACUAUGUUUCAGGUAAGGCUAGGUUGGGGGGUGGAUGGGUGGUGAUGUUAAAAAAUAUGAACAAGGUUUAAACAACCCCCCUCCGCCCUCUAUAACCAUCUACAUGAAAUUUACGCAAGAUAAUAAAAUUAUCGACAUAACGCAAAUAUAUUAUGUAAGACUAGGUUGAGGAUGAAAGGGGAAGGGGAAAGGGGGGGGG